ACGCGGCGUGGCUGGGCGUGGCGCUGUCUUGGACUGGCGGGAGCCGCAGCCGGAGGGGCCCCUCGCAUCUGCAGGGCUCUGUUGGCCAUGGCUGCUGUUGACAGUUUCUACCUCCUAUACAGGGAAAUUGCCCGGUCUUGCAAUUGCUACAUGGAAGCUUUAGCUUUGGUUGGAGCCUGGUACACCGCCAGAAAAAGCAUCACCAUCAUUUGUGACUUUUACAGCCUGAUCAGACUGCAUUUCAUUCCUAGAUUGGUGCGCAGAGCUGAUCUCAUUAAGCAGUAUGGAAGGUGGGCCGUCGUCAGUGGUGCCACCGAUGGUAUUGGAAAAGCCUACGCUGAAGAGUUAGCAAGCCGGGGUCUCAAUAUUGUCCUCAUCAGUCAGAAUGAAGAGAAGCUGCACAAGCUCUCCAAAACUCUAGCUGAGACCUACAAAGUUGAAACAGAGGUCAUAGUCGCGGACUUCUCCAAUGGCCGAGGAAUUUACUUACUUAUCAGAGAAGCUUUACGAGACAGAGACAUCGGUAUCUUGGUGAAUAACGUUGGAGUGUUUUACCCCUACCCACAGUAUUUUACUCAGGUCUCUGAGGACAAACUGUGGGACAUUAUCAACGUCAACAUCGCAGCUGCCAGCUUGCUGGUCCAUAUAGUAUUGCCAGGGAUGGUGGCAAGGAGGAAGGGUGCAAUUGUGAACAUCUCCUCCGGCGCCUGCUGCAAACCCACACCCCAGAUGACUGCGUACUCAGCGUCAAAGGCUUACUUAGACCACUUCAGCAGAGCAUUACAGUAUGAAUAUGCUUCCAAAGGAAUUUUCGUACAGAGUUUAAUUCCAUUCUCUGUAGCUACAAAUGCAAGAGCAUGUAGCAGCUUUCUAUAUGGCUGUUCUUGGUUGGUGCCAUCACCAAAAGUAUAUGCACAUCAUGCAAUUGCUACUCUUGGAAUCUCAAAAAGGACCACAGGAUACUGGUUUCAUUCAAUACAGUUUCUUUUUGCACAGUAUAUGCCAGAAUGGCUCUGGGCUUGGGGAGCAAAUAUUAUCAACAAUUCAUUGCGUCAUGAGGCCUUAUCCCAUAGAUUGUGAACCUGGAUAUAUCACCUUAGGAAGUCUUGCCAAAUUAUGUGAACCUACAGUAUUCAAGAACAACACUUCAUUUUAAUUGUGUAUUUGCUCUUAACUAUUUUGCUGGCACCUUAUUGUUAUAUCAUUGAUAAAGCAGAUGUGGUACUUUUAAAGAAUACUGUGGAGCUGCCUGAAGGCAUUGGCACAGGGUUAAUAUUGAAUGUGAUGAGAACUGAUCUAGGAAGCCUAGAGUUGAGUAUUCCUUUUUUUAAUGUAAGCUACUGGAAAAACUAUGUCAGUGAGUCAGUGUUGUGCUAUGAACCAAGAUGAACUGAAAUUGAAAUGUACUCACAAUUUGAUUUGUUGGGUCUUUUCAGUUUAAAUCUUCUUGUUUUAAAAGUGCUCAUGUGUUUCCUUUGAAGAAUUCUAAUUUCUCUUCUAAAAAAAGAACUGGAAAAAGUGUGUUUGAAGAACUAUUUUGAAGCUAAAAAUGACUGGUGUUAGUAGCUGUAGAAAUCCAACUACCUAUGUGUAUUGUAUUCCAUACAUUUUGUAGUUUAAAACUCUUGUGUUGAAAAUGCUGCUUUUCCAUUGAAGAACAGAAUUGUGUUAGAUAAGUUUGAAAGUUGAUCAUAUUUAGAAAAUGGUGAGAUCUGUAUGAGCAACUUUAUAACUAAUGGGCAAAUCAGUUUUUUAAAGAUAUAUGAAAAAUGGCUUUGAGUGGGAGCUUCAUGGGACUUUUUUUUAAUGCUUCAGUCUGUAUUCAGAUACCAUCAGUUUUUUCUCUGGAGAUUGAUUGUAUUUCAUGGUAUUUUUAAAAAAGCAUUUUUUAAAAUGCCUCCACAAUGUAGCAAAAUAAGUUAUUAUUUUCUGUUAAAUUCUUACCUAUUUUGGAGCUAACCCUUUGUUGGAGCUGCAAGUAUAUUAUGAAAUGUUUCAAACUUUUAAAAAAAAUUUAUACAGUUCUUUUGGAUGAUGCAAUAAUUUUCAGUGUGUUACUUUUUUUUAAACUGAAAUCUUGCCCUUUAGAAAGAAAAUUAUCUCAGUUUUCUAUGUGAUAAUCAGCAUUUAUUGGAAAAAAAAUUGUUUGCUGAGGUAGUUAAAAUGUGGAAUAAUUAUGUACUAUGUAUUGUAUCUGAUGAAAUAAUAACAGAUUUAGAAGUGUAUCUUUUGUUUGUGCAAUGAAUGUAAUGAAUAAAAUGAACAAUUGUGUUGGAGUAAAAAUGACUAAACUGCUUAGACAGGAUUAGUUCUGAAAUAGAAUUGUGUGUGUGAUGUUUUUGGUUUAGAUCAUAGUAUCUUAUGUGAAAACUCUUGUUGUAAGAACCAUCCAGUGCUGUCAAAACUGUGAAGCUCUAGACAAAUGUAAGGUAUUGUUGUUAUUUACGUAUCAAUAAUUCUGCAUUUAAUUUUGUGACUCCAGUGCAGAUGUAUUGAGUAUUCAUAAGCCUGGUAAAAUUAUUUAAGAAUCA